AAUCUUUUGAGUGAACGGUUCAAACCAAACAGAAAAAAGAGUUGUUUCUGUUUAUCUUAGCAUCAGCAACUUUUUUAUUUAUUUUACUCGCCAGCAAAGGAAGCAUUCAUUCGGUGACUAUUGAGUCCCUCCCACAGCCAGUGUCAGUCUUGUGGGCCGCAAUCCCAAUCCAAAUAUCUCCCAACGACGCACAACGAACAUCUCAGCUACGAUGACAAACGAGUCAAACAAGCUCUCGACGACCUUUGCCGACACACCACUCUCGGACCACGGCCCGAAAUGGUCUGCCUUCUGGGAGGAAAAAUACACGCCCUGGGACCGCGGCGGCCCCUCUCUCGCUCUACUUGACAUCCUGACGACACGUUCUGAUCUGGUUCCGCCCACCCCUUCUCCGGCAGAGCAGAAACAAUCCAGCUGUAAAAAGCCAACGGCACUCGUGCCGGGUUGUGGAAAGGGACACGACGCCCUCCUCCUGGCUAAUCUAGGCUACGACGUCCUCGCCCUUGACUUCUCCUCCGCCGCAAUCGCUGAAGCGAAGGAAAACGAGAAGGCUAUUGCAGCUAAGCUCGAAGCUGCGACGGAAGCGCCGGAUGAAGAGCUUGAGGUCUACGCCAUCCGUCACCCCAGCGGGGCAGAGCCCGGCUGCGUGACGUGGCUAUCGGGAGACUUCUUCUCCGACUCUUGGCUCGAAGAAUGGAAUCGCGAAAAGGCAUUCGACCUCAUCUUUGACUACACCUUCCUCUGCGCCCUCCCACCAACCGCACGCUCCUCCUGGGCCACUCGCAUGGCCACCCUCCUCAGCCCCCGCGGCCGCCUCGUCUGCCUCGAGUUCCCCUCCGGCAAGCCCCUCUCCCAGCCCGGACCGCCGUGGGGGCUGACCCCCGAGAUCUACCUCGCGCUGCUCUCCCGCCCCGGCGAGCCCCUUGAGUUCUCCUCCUCGACGCAGGCCGGCGACGCCGCCGACGUCGUCGUCGUCCCGCCCUUCCGCGAAGACGGCCUCAGGCGUCUGGAGCUUGUUAAACCCACCAGGACGCACCGGGCGGGCAUGAACGAGGACGGCACGGUGCGCGAUUGGAUCCACGUCUGGAGUCACUGAAUACCCGUAUCUGAAACGAUUCUUUGCUCCGCGAUGCCUUCGCAUCCUGUGCCAUGGGUCACGCCCCGUCUUCGCAUAUGCUGUGUGUAUGCUGUGCACUAAACCCGCCGUAUAGCUCAUGACUCCCAGCAACAACCAAAAAAUAACAUUAUUCCAACCAACUGAUGCCUUUUUCACGCCGUCUUCCGCAAGGAGUUGUAAUGCUCGCCCAGCCCGUACCCGUGCCGAUAAUACGCCAGCCAGAUCUCCUUCCCCCCCACCCCGGGUUCCUCGCUGGCGGCGCCGUCUAUGUCCCCAGCGCUCGGCCCGAUCCUCUCUGUCCGCCCGUCCUGCACGACGCGGAUCUCGACCCCGUACACGUUGGCCAGCGCCGCGAGCUCCAGCUGCCCGCCCCACUCCGCCGUGUCGCGGAUCUUGCGUGCGUACGCCUCCAGGUCCUCCUCGAGGAACGGCGCGAAGUCGUCCGGGUGGGCCGUCAUCCACUCCGCCGCUGCCGCCCGGACGACCUUGUACGGCGGCUGCGCGGCGGCCGCGGCGGUGGCUGCCAGCGGGAUGCCGCACUGCGCGAGCUGGUCCGCCACCGCGGAGAAGAGGCAGUGCCCGUCCGGUGCGAUCUCCUUCUCGGCGAGGGAGUGCGUCUUGAACUCCUUGAGCAUGUACGUCUUCUC